AUGACUACGUUGCGUGAUGACGUAAUGCGCAUGUCAGUUGCGGCCUCUUUCCACGUCUCUCCGUCCGUAGCUUACACCGCCGAGAUGGCAGGAGGUGUGCGGAGAAAGUCUCCCAGUUCUCCGUCCCCGCUGUGGGGGAAACUCCACACACUGUGGCAGGACAAACAUUUGGUCCUGUUCAAGACGGAGUACACGUUACUGGUCGUCUCAGUUCUGUGGUUCCUGGAGAUCGGGAUCAAUGUGUGGGUCAUACAGAAAGUAGCAUACACUGAAAUAGACUGGAAAGCCUACAUGGAUGAAGUAGAGGGAGUCAUCAACGGUACCUACGACUACACAGAGCUUAAAGGAGACACCGGCCCCUUGGUGUACCCGGCUGGCUUUGUCUACAUCUUCACAGCUCUCUACUACAUCACCAGCCAUGGGGUGAACAUCCGUCUGGCUCAGUAUCUUUUCGCUGCUUUCUACCUCAUCACGCUGCUGCUUGUCUUCAGGAUUUAUUAUCGUACUAAGAAGGUUCCUCCCUACGUGUUCUUCUUUGUGUGCUGUGCGUCGUAUCGGAUCCACUCCAUCUUUGUGCUGCGUCUCUUUAAUGAUCCAGUGGCCAUGAUGCUGCUGUUUGGAGCCGUUAACCUCUUCAUGGAUGGAUACUGGACUCUGGGCUGCGGCGUUUACAGUUUAGCAGUGUCUGUGAAGAUGAAUGUGCUCCUUUUUGCACCGGGACUACUUUUCCUCCUCCUGUCUGAGUUCGGUCUCAUCAGGACAAUCCCCAAACUGUCUCUGUGUGCGGCCAUACAGCUUUUGCUGGGUCUGCCUUUCCUCCUGGAGAAUCCCAUCGGUUACAUGACCCGGGCGUUCGAUCUUGGCCGUCAGUUUAUGUUCAAGUGGACGGUCAACUGGCGCUUCCUGCCAGAAUGGCUCUUCUUGAAUCGGUACUUUCACAUACUCCUGCUGGCUGCCCACCUGCUCGCCCUGCUGCUCUUUGCUCUGCGCCGUUGGAAGAGGCCAGGAGAAAACAUCUUCGAAAUCCUCAAGGAGCCGAGCAAGAGAAAAAUCCCCGCUCAGAAAAGCACUGUUGAUCAGAUAGUGCUGAUUCUGUUCACCUCUAACUUCAUCGGCAUGUGCUUCAGUCGUUCGUUGCACUAUCAGUUCUACGUCUGGUACUUCCACACAUUGCCUUACCUGCUGUGGAGCGGAGGAGUCAAGAAGCUGGCCCACCUGCUGAGGGUCCUGAUCCUGGGUCUGAUCGAGCUUUCAUGGAACACCUACCCCUCGACCAACAGCAGCUCAGCCGCACUCCACGUAUGCCACCUCAUCAUCCUCCUGUGUCUGUGGCUGGCUCCACCGCUGCCUUCAGUCCCGGCAGAAACACAAGAACACACAGCCGUCAAGGACAAACGCCAGUGAGCCACAGCCUGAUCGGACUGGCCGUCGUCUUUUAGUCCAAUCAGCUGCUGAACAGCCUCCAUCACCCUCCUCUCUUUGAUCCCCACAACACCGGUGCAGAGGGGGAGUCACUGGGAUAGACUUGGGAAUCAGCUCACUGCUUAAAGUGAAGGAAGCUAACGUGUGGGUGCAGUCUGCAGACAGAUACCUACAUGAUGAAUUCGUCCCUUGCAGCUGAAGAGAUGAAAAGAGGAAGAAAAUAUGGAUUCUCAGGUUUCAUUUUCAGAUACACAAGAGCGGAAUAGUGCUGAGAGGAAAAUGUGAAUGUUGUGCUGUUUUGAGAGAAUUGUUACAAACUACACUCUGCCCAUAUUUCAAUUGGCCUAAUCAUUUUCCCUUGCUUGAUAUUCUGAUAAUAUCAAAAAUCCAUUUAGUGAUGCACAAAUGAUCUUGCACAUUGUAUUAAGAAGGCAGGGCAUUGAAGAACACCAUUAAUAUGGUAUAUGAACAUGGCACUAAAAGCUUUAAAUUAUUUGCAUAUCAGGCAGUAGCCAUUUCCACUUGCCACAAUAGUUGCAGCACUCUCCAGUACAAGGCCAAUAAUCAUUUCCAGUAUGUGUAAAACUAAGCUGUAGACAAUUGUGGCUAUUUUCUUGAUUUGUUACGUAACUGAUCCAACCUCUGUAGUGAGUGGCUCGCUACACUCAGCACAGCAGAGUAGAUUUAAUGUGAACAAAUUGGAGUAGGCUCAGACAAGUGUGACAUUUUAUAUUAAACAGAGAUGCCACUUAA